CUACGAUUCAUUAUCACAACCAAGUUGUUCUUGGAAAUUUGAAAGUUGGAACGGCGUCUCGAUGGUCUGUGAACUUUUGAACUCUUAUCUUUGUCUUAUCUCAACUUAAAUAAGCGGCUAUAGAGGUCACCUGUACAGUUGCGGAAGUAUAUAAUGAAGUACACUGACUUUAAAUCGCGGACUCUUUUCAUUCUUCGCUGACCAUGCAACGUGGAGGUUUGGUCGAUUUCUUCACGCCCUCUAGAUGGGCUCUCGACCGUGAAGAAACGACUUUCGCGAACAAUGGAUGGAGCAACAAGGACAUGGAUCCAGUUCCUCCUCGUCUGAGAACAUGGACCACCUGGAAUUAUAUAUCCUAUUGGGUUUCUGAUGCCACUAAUCUCGCAGUUUGGGAGUUAGCUAGCUCCAUGCUUGCAAUCGGUUUAUCUUGGCGUCAGGCUAUGCCGUGCAUUGCGGCUGCCUAUGCGAUUAUAUCCGUCGUGAUGGUUUUGACUGGUACAAUAGGCGCUCGUCUCCACGUCGCCUUCCCUGUGUUGAAUCGAUCAUCUUUCGGGUUCUGGUUCAGUUACUUCACUGUUUUCAGUCGCGUCUUGUUAUCUAUGUUUUGGUUCGGUAUACAGACAUACAACGGGUCACAAUGCGUGUACCAGAUGCUCAAAGCCAUUUGGCCUUCGAUUGCAAGGAUGCCUAAUCAACUACCCGUCUCCUCAAAUAUUACAAGCUCUGGAUUGCUAUGUUACUUUCUCUACUGGAUCAUCCAAUUGCCGUUUCUUUUCAUUUCUCCUCAUAAAAUUCGUUGGUUGUUCCUCGCAAAGGGUGUGCUCACACCUAUAGCGUGGCUGGGAAUGGUCAUCUGGGCGUUUGUAAAGGUCCCUGCCUCAGAGGGCUUGUUUUCCGAACAUGCAACUAUCGGAGGCAGCUACUUCUCAUGGGAAUGGCUCAGCGCGAUGAACAGCGCCUUGGGAAUCUAUGCCAGCUUAUCGGUCAAUAUUCCGGAUUUCACUCGCUAUGCCAAGAAUGAACGAGCUCAAUAUGUCCAACCCUUUGUCAUACCCGUCGUGUUUACACUGUGCAGCUUUGUCGGAAUUGCUGUGACUAGUGCUGGAAUACAGCUUUACGGCGAAGUCCUGUGGAACCCUCUUCUAUUAAUCGAUCGUUGGGAGAAUCGGGCCGCAGCCUUUUUCGCCUCCUUCGUAUUCGCAUUGACAACUAUUGGUACUAACAUCAGUGCCAAUUCACUCGGGGCGGGAAACGAUAUGACAGUUCUGUGUCCCAAGUAUAUCAACAUCAGGCGCGGACAAAUAGUGUGUGCCAUUAUUGGCGGUUGGGCUCUGUGUCCAUGGGAGAUUCUCGCCAAUGCUGCGGGGUUCCUGAAUUUCAUGGAUGGAUAUACCAUUUUCCUAGGCCCCUUUGCUGGUAUCAUGGUCACCGAUUUUUACCUAGUGCAUAAAGGUUGUGUCGAUGUCCCCGCUAUGUACGACCCUUCAGGACGAUAUCGCUACACCGCGGGCUUUAAUUGGCGCGCGGUCUUGGCAAUGGUGGUGACAGUUGGGCCCACGCUUCCCGGCCUUAUCAACUCGAUCAACCCAGCUAUCAAGAUAGGAUAUGCGAUCCAUUUAUUCGACAUCGCGUGGAUGUAUGGGUUUGUGGUCGCAUCGCUGGUUUAUUACGUUACAUCGUACUUCUUCCCUCCUCGCGGCACCUAUGUUGAUGUCCUAAUCUCUGCGGACGACGCCAUGCCCAUAGACAAGCAGUAUGAAAAGGGCAUAAAAUCUCACACAGAAACCGUGGAGAGUGGCACUGAAGGCGAGGAUAAGAAGAGCGUAGAUGUGGAGGCCAUUGAAAUGCAGGUGUAACACAUGCGUAAUACCUCGCAUACCAUGUAUCUCUCCGCCAUCAAUGUUGAUUGACCGUUGCGAGAUUUGACUAGCAUUUUUUCGGGCUGGCGAUUGUGUAGAAUAGUU